AUGGCUCCUACGACAUUUGAGCAGAAACUCGCGCAUCUUAAGCGUGAAGCUGAGCAUUAUGCUGAGUAUCUUAGUGAUGAAGAGUUGGAAGAUGAAAUGACGACAAAAGCUCAUGAGGAAGCAGAUUUUGCGAAUGAUUAUAGUAUGGCAAUUGUAGUAGGUGGUUUACCUGUUGUGGAUGAAUCAAAGCAUGGAAAAUUACUAAAUGUGGUGAAAAAGAUCUUUGGACAAGUUGGAAAUGUAGUUGACAUUCAAGUGCCAUUUGAUUCAAGUGGUAAAACGACAGGAUUUGCAUUUAUUGAGUAUGAACAAGAAGCACAUGCGAACGAUGCUGUCCGUACGAUCAAUAACUUUGCAUUGGAUAAACGUCAUACAAUGAUUGUUAACAAGUAUGAAGACAUGGAACGGUAUGUUAAGACACCGGAGGAGUUUAUUCCACCUACAAUUAAUAGCUUUGUUGAGCCAAAGAAUCUCAAGACGUGGCUUAUGGAUCCUGCACGACGUGAUAUGUUUGUACUACGUCAUGGUUCUGAAACAGAAAUCUUCUGGAGUGAUAAGGGUGAACUUGAGCUUGACUAUGCUGGUGAUCGUGAAAAAAAGAAUGGAAAACAGUGGUGCUCGCAAUAUGUUUUAUGGUCUCCUCAAGGAUCGUACCUCGCGACUUUCCACCCUCAAGGUAUCGCACUUUGGGGCGGUGAAAAGUAUGAGAAAGUUGGUCGCUUUGCACACAAGAAUGUCAAAUUAGCCGUCUUUUCUCCUCAUGAAAAGUACCUUAUUACACUAAGCGAGACGGAACAGGAAGCUGCUAUUAUUAUUUGGGACGUUCAGACAAGUAAGAUGCUACGAGCUUUUCCUGCUGGUAAGUCAACUGGUGUAAAGGGAGAAGUGGUACAGGGACUUAUGACUCCAUUUAAAUGGAGUGCAGACGAUAAGUUUGUCGCGCGUCGUGGCAAAGAUGUCAUUAGUGUGUACGAAUUACCGUCCAUGAAGCUACUUGAUAAGAAAUCACUGCGUGCUGAAGGAGUUCACGACUUUUUCUGGUCCCCCACCGAUCCAAUUUUGGCGUAUUGGGCCCCAGAAGGCAAUAAUGUACCAGCUCGUGUGUCGUUAGUGGAACUUCCCUCUCGUCGUGAAGUGCGUCAGAAGAAUCUUUUUAACGUUAGCGACUGCAAAUUGCACUGGCAUCCUAAUGGAACAUUCUUAUGCGUUAAAGUAACGCGUCAUUCCAAGUCCAAGAAGACUAUGUUUACCAAUUUUGAGCUCUUUCGAGUUCAUGAACAACUAGUGCCAGUGGAAAUGCUUGAAAUGAAAGACAAUAUUGUGGCUUUUGCAUGGGAACCUAAAGGAACUCGCUUUGCAACGGUGCAUGGAGAAGGUCAACAACGUUUGAAUGUGUCAUUCUAUGAUAUGGAUGGUGGUAGCAAAUCUUCUAAGGAGGUGACAUUGUUGUACACGCUGACCGACAAAGCAUGCAGCCAUUUGUAUUGGUCACCACUCGGUAAUAACAUUGUAUUGGCGGGACUUGGUGAAAUUAAUGGUCAACUUGAAUUUUGGGACGUUUCUGAACAGCAGAGUAUUACAAUUCAAGAACACUUUAAAUGUACGCAUGUGGAGUGGGACCCGUCUGGACGAGUUGUGGCGACUGCUGUGUGUCAACCACUUGAUAACUCGUACUACAAGUUUACGAUGGAUAACGGUUACACAUUGUGGACAUUUCAAGGAAAGCAGUUGUUAGAGGAGAAGAAAGAAACAUUCUACCAAUUCUUGUGGCGUCCUCGUCCUCGAACAUUGUUGUCAGAAAGUGAAUACAAUCAUGUGGUUAAGAAUUUGAAAACCUUUGAGAAACGUUUUGAUCAAAUGGAUCGACUUAAGGAGCGGGAACGGUUGGCUGCUCUUAAUGCUGAGCGAAAGCGUGAAGAGCAAGAGUUUCAAGAAUUGUUGGACAGACGUCUAGCAAUCGCAGCUGCACGCCGUGCCGAGUACAUUGCACUUCUUGAUGGAUACGACAGUCAGGAUGAAAGUGAGUAUAUUGUGCAAAGUCACACGUAUGAUGAUGUGCUUGAGAUAAAGGAGGAAGUGAUACGCAAGUAA